AUGACAUUUGCUAGUGUAUUUCAGGCUGACACAAAGACAGAGAAGAAUUGGAGAGGCAUUGCACAGGGUGGAGGAGUAUUGAAGGGGUCAAAAGAUUCUUGGGAGGAAGGCAAAUACAUUGCUGAAAUGGCUAAUCAAGAUGGAAUAACUGUCCAGCAUCCUCUGCCCAACCAAUCAGAAUGUAGGAAAAUCUACAGAUAUGACGGCAUCUACUGUGAAUCUACCUACCAGAAUUUACAAGCCUUGAGAAAGGAAAAGUCCCGAGAUGCUGCUCGUUCCCGUCGGGGAAAGGAGAAUUUUGAGUUCUAUGAAUUGGCUAAGUUGUUGCCACUUCCUGCAGCCAUCACCAGCCAGCUUGACAAGGCGUCCAUCAUCCGACUUACAAUUAGCUAUCUGAAAAUGAGGGACUUUGCAAAUCAGGGAGAUCCUCCAUGGAACUUGAGAAUGGAAGGACCUCCACCCAAUACUUCAGUUAAAGUUAUAGGUGCCCAGCGCAGAAGAAGCCCCAGUGCUCUAGCCAUUGAAGUAUUUGAGGCACACCUGGGAAGCCACAUUUUACAGUCCCUGGAUGGAUUUGUAUUUGCACUAAAUCAAGAAGGAAAAUUUUUGUACAUUUCUGAAACUGUCUCCAUCUACCUAGGCCUCUCCCAAGUGGAACUGACAGGCAGCAGUGUGUUUGACUAUGUCCACCCAGGAGACCAUGUGGAAAUGGCAGAGCAGCUGGGCAUGAAGCUUCCGCCCGGGCGAGGUCUCCUCUCACAGGGGACGGCAGAGGAUGGAGCCAGCUCAGCGUCUUCAUCUUCUCAGUCUGAGACCCCUGAGCCAGUGGAAUCAACAAGCCCCAGUCUACUAACCACUGACAACACCCUUGAGCGCUCCUUUUUCAUCCGAAUGAAAUCGACUCUGACCAAGCGCGGAGUUCACAUCAAAUCGUCAGGAUAUAAGUCAAUCCGGACUUCAUUGAUCGUAGGAGGAGGCAGCGCAUGGGCAACCACGACAAGACCCAUGAUCUGGCUGGGGACUGUCCGACCAUGGGACAAGGACACUCUCAGACGUAACCGGCCCGUUAUGAUUAGUGAUUACAUGGAUCUGACCCCUGUAGAUAUUGUAGGGAAGAGAUGUUACCACUUCAUCCAUGCUGAAGACGUAGAAGGGAUCAGGCACAGUCAUUUAGACUUGCUGAAUAAGGGUCAGUGUGUGACUAAGUACUACCGCUGGAUGCAGAAGAACGGAGGAUAUAUUUGGAUACAGUCUAGCGCGACCAUCGCCAUCAAUGCCAAGAAUGCAAAUGAGAAGAACAUCAUCUGGGUCAAUUAUCUUCUUAGAUGCGAGCACCGGCUUGUUGGCACGAGUCCGUGCCCAAGAAUACGAAAUCCUGGCACUGGGAAGGGGUUCUCGUCCCUAAAGACCCAUGUGGAUGCCACAGAGCCAAGCAGAAACGAAAGGGCAUUCCCCAACGUCCUGGCUAAUAGUCACCAGGCUCUGGGUAGUCAGUCACUCCUACAAAAGUUUGCAGCCGCCCUGCCACCUUUAACAGGGAUAUUUCUUUGA